CGCCUCCCGGGGAGAAUAUGCUGGAAGGCCGGCGGCGGCCGCCAUUUUGUGCUUCGGAGUGGGAGAGGCGGCACCGAGCCUGUACGGAGGGGCAAGAGACCCCUCGCAGGCAUGGCCCGCGCCCUGCUCGGCAACGUAUGCAUCGUGACGGGAGCUUCCCGUGGUAUUGGCAAGGGCAUCGCGCUGCAGCUGGCAGAGGCUGGAGCCACUGUCUACAUCACCGGUCGCAACAUGGACACGCUGCAAGCGACGGCGAAAGAGGUGGAGGGGCGGGGAGGCAGAUGUGUCCCAGUGGUGUGUGACUCUUCCAGUGAGGAGCAGGUCUGCUCACUCUUCAGCCAGGUCAAGCAGGAGCAAGGUGGGCGCCUGGAUGUGCUGGUCAACAAUGCAUAUGGAGGGGUCCAGGCGCUAUUGAACAACCAGGGUAAAAAGUUCUGGGAGAUGCCGGCCUCUUUCUGGGACGAUAUUAAUAACGUUGGGCUGCGGGGCCACUACAUCUGCUCUGUGUACGCAGCUCAGAUGAUGGUCGAGGCAAAGCGGGGACUGAUUGUGAUCAUCUCCUCGAUGGGGGGCCUGCGCUACAUGUUCAAUGUGGCAUACGGAGUUGGCAAGGCCGCGUGUGAUCGUUUGGCAGCAGACUGUGCUGAAGAUUUGCGGCGACAUGGUGUGUCGUACAUAUCUCUGUGGCCCGGGGCGGUACGAACUGAAACCGUGACCGAUUUGAUCAUCAACAGGACUGCCAAGACCAAAGGAGAACAGAAAAUGGUGGAAAUAUUUUCCUCAGGUGAGACCCCUGAGAUGAGCGGCAAGUGCAUCGUGGCUCUGGCAACAGAUAGGAACCUGAUGAAGAAAUCGGGCAAGGUGCUCUUGACCUGCGACUUGGCUGCACAGUAUGGAUUCCGAGACGUGGAUGGCCGUGCUUUGGUGGAUUAUCGAUCUCUGAAGUUCUUCCUGCAGCAGUUGCCAGGACUGUCCUGGCUUGCAAGUUUCAUCCCUGGAUUCAUCAAGGUCCCCAAGUGGGUCCUAACCCUGACCACCAGUAAAUUCUAAAUCCAUUUGCCACCCCCAACCCCUCACUCCCCUCCACCUACUCCUCGCACCUCCAUCCCACUGCGCGUCCUCGGGUGCUCUCGGGGCAGGGGGUGAGUGGCUCAGUCGGGUGGGUGCCUCACAAAAUGUGCCUGUCCACCCACCCUAUUCCCCCCUCCCCGGUCCAGCUCAGCUUAUGACAUCGUCGCUGAUGCCUUAAGAGGGCGAUAGAGCAACCUCCCCCUGGCUUUGAUAGGCUGGUUUUCCUUGGGGACCAUCACUUUCACGCAAGCCCACCAUCAUACAAAGGAAGGUGCGAACAGUGAGGGACAGGGAAGCUCGCCCCCUCCCAUCAUAGAACAUAGAACAGUACAGCACAGAACAGGCCCUUCAGCCCACGAUGUUGUGCUGACCAUUGAUCCUCAUGUAUGCACCCUCAAAUUUCUGUGACCAUAUACAUGUCCAGCAGUCUCUUAAAUGUCCCCAAUGACCUUGCUUCCACAACUGCUGCUGGCAACGCAUUCCAUGCUCUCACAACUCUUUGUGUAAAGAACCCGCCUCUGACAUCCCCUCUAUACUUUCCUCCAACCAGCUUAAAACUAUGACCCCUCGUGCUAGCCAUUUCUGCCCUGGGAAAUAGUCUCUGGCUAUCAACUCUAUCUAUGCCUCUCAUUAUCUUGUAUACCUCAAUUAGGUCCCCUCUCCUCCUCCUUUUCUCCAAUGAAAAGAGACCGACCUCAGUCAACCUCUCUUCAUAAGAUAAGCCCUCCAGUCCAAGCAGCAUCCUGGUAAACCUCCUCUGAACCCUCUCCAAAGCAUCCACAUCUUUCCUAUAAUAGGGCGACCAGAACUGGACGCAGUAUUCCAAGUGCGGUCUAACCAAAGUUUUAUAGAGCUGCAACAAGAUCUCACGACUCUUAAACUCAAUCCCCCUGUUAAUGAAAGCCAAAACACCAUAUGCUUUCCCCUGUCCACUUGGGUGAACAUUUUAAGGGAUCUAUGUAUCUGCACACCAAGAUCCCUCUGUUCCUCCACGCUGCCAAGAAUCCUAUCCUUAAUCCUGUACUCAGCUUUCAAAUUCGACCUUCCAAAAUGCAUCACCUCGCAUUUAUCCAGGUUGAACUCCAUCUGCCACCUCUCAGCCCAUCUCUGCAUCCUGUCAAUGUCCCGCUGCAGCCUACAACAGCCCUCUAUACUGUCAACAACACCUCCGACCUUUGUGUUGUCUGCAAACUUGCUGACCCAUCCUUCAAUUCCCUCGUCCAAGUCAUUAAUAAAAAUUACAAACAGUAGAGGCCCAAGGACAGAGCCCUGUGGAACUCCACUCACCACUGACUUCCAGGCAGAAUAUUUUCCUUCUACUACCACUCGCUGUCUUCUGUUGGCCAGCCAAUUCUGUAUCCAAGCAGCUAAGUUCCCCUGUAUCCCAUUCCUCCUGACCUUCUGAAUGAGCCUACCAUGGGGAACCUUAUCAAAUGCCUUGCUGAAGUCCAUAUACACCACAUCCACAGCUCAACCCUCAACAACUUUUCUAGUCACAUCAUGAAAAUAUUUCUGACCCUGUGUGAGCAAUCAGACUCAAUGGCCUGAAUCAAAAUUGCAGUGGAAUCAUAGCAUCCCUACAGUGUGGAAACAGGCCAUUCGGACCAUCCAGUCCGCACCGACCACCCCCCCACCCAAACAAAGAGCAAACCAGACCACCCCCCCCACUGUAUCUCUGUAACGCUGCACUCCCCACGGCUAACCCACCCUAACCCGCACAUCCCUGUGCACUAUGGGUAAUUCCCCACGGCGAACCCACCCUAACCCACACAUCCCUGUGCACUAUGGGUAAUUCCCCACGGCUAACCCACCCUAUCCCGCACAUCCCUGUGCACUAUGGGUAAUUCCCCACGGCUAACCCACCCCGACCCGCCCAUCCCUGUGCACUAUGGGUAAUUCCCCACGGCUAACCCACCCUAACCCGCACAUCCCUGUGCACUAUGGGUAAUUCCCCACAGCUAACCCACCCUAACCCGCACAUCCCUGUGCACUAUGGGUAGCUUCCCACGGCUAACCCACCCUAACCCGCACAUCUCUGAGCACUAUGGGUAAUUCCACAUGGCUAACCCACCCUAAGCUGCACAUCCCUGGGCACUGGGUAAUUUUCCACGGCUAACCCACCCUAACCCGCACAUCCCUGUGCACUAUGGGUAGCUUCCCAUGGCUAACCCACCCUAACCCGCACAUCCCUGUGCACUAUGGGUAAUUUCCCAUGGCUGUCCCACCCUGACCCGCACAUCCCUGGGCACUAUGGGUAUUUUCCUGAGGGUCAAAUUCUGAGGCAUGUGCUGACUCUUUAAAUAAGAACCGAAAGAGCUGCGGAUGCUGUAAAUCAGGAGCAAAAGCAGAAGUUGCUGGGAAAACUCAGCAGGUCUGGCAGCCUCUGAGAAGAAUAAUUCCGAGUUUCGCCAUGAGGAAGAAUCUCUGGACCCGAGACGUUAACUCUGAUUUUUUUUUCUUCACGGUGUUUGCUGACACUCUCUCCUUCUUAUCUUACCACGGCUUUUUCCUGCUCCUUCCCCUGGUCACAUUCUCUGGGGUCAGGAACUGAUCCCCGCAACCACGUCCUCCGCUGGCUGCCCAUUGUGAGAUUUUCCUUUACAAUAAAAUCGAUCUAAACUA